AUGAGUGCAUGUCCCCUUACACAGAUACUACUUACGAACGGGUGGGAACUUCAGGGGCAAGGCGUCUGGGAUUCGGAAUGGCUAUCAGUAGAGUCUGUACCGACUGUCGUGCACCUAGAUUUGCUGAAGUUGGGGAAGAUACCAGACCCAUUUAUUGGCUACGGUGAACUUGACGUGGAAUGGAUUGGGGAGAGGACAUGGAUCUAUCGAACGUCGUUUCCAAGUCCCCAAAGGACCGCCGGAGGGCGCAUCGAUCUAGUCUUUGAGGGACUGGAUACUUUCGCAGAAGUCCGUCUCAAUGGCCACACGAUUCUCAACAGCGAAAAUAUGUUUUUAGAGUAUCGUGUUGAUGUUGGUAGCACUCUGAAAAAUGACGCAGUGAAUGUGCUCGAGCUUGAAUUCGCCCCUGCGCUCCUGAAGGGUAGGGAGCUAGAGAAGGAAAAUAGCGAAUACCGUUUCAUUGCACACAAUGGUGAAACAGGUCGAUUGGGUGUCAGAAAGGCACAAUACCACUGGGGAUGGGACUGGGGUCCUGUAUUCAUGACUGCCGGUCCCUGGAAACCGGUCCGACUGGAAAUAUUUCACUCACGAAUUGAGCGGCUGUGGGUUGAUUAUGCUUUGAAUGAUGGUCGUUGUACCCUCGGCGGUACAUUGUUUGCGACAGUAUCAGGCCGCCCGGCAAGACUGCGGUUUGUUAUCGAGGAUGAGGGUGAAAGUCGAUCAGUCUUCACCGAGACAGUUGACAUUGAUAAGGGAAGCGAAGCCAAAUGUAGAUUCACUCUCGAGAACCCGAAGCUGUGGUACCCAGUCGGGUCUGGUGGCCAACCACUUUACAAGCUGUCCGCCGAGAUUAUUCAGGACGACCAAAUCCUGAAUCACGUAGCGAUUAAGACUGGGUUCCGGGACGUCGAACUGAUCCGCAAUCAUGAUACCGUGGGAGAGAGCUUCUUCUUCCGAAUCAACGGAAUCGAUGUCUUCUGCGGUGGUUCAUGCUGGAUCCCAGCCGACAACUUCCUUCCCAGACUGUCCGAAGUCGAUUAUCGGAAAUGGCUGCAGACCUUGGUGGAAGGUAACCAAAACAUGAUCCGGGUUUGGGGAGGAGGGAUCUACGAGCCAGAUAUGUUCUACUCGAUCUGCGAUGAGCUGGGCAUUCUAGUGUGGCAAGACUUCAUGUUUGCAUGUGGUAGUUACCCCACAUGGCCAUCUCUAUUGCAGAACAUUAAGCAAGAAGUGGCGUACAAUGUUCGAAGACUAAGGGAUCAUCCAUCGGUAGUCGUCUUUGCGGGCACUAAUGAGGAUUAUCAAAUCCAGGAGUGGUACAAGCUCGAUUACCAGGAGUCGACUGAUCCUCAGGAAUGGCUCAAGUCGUCAUUUCCAGCUCGAUUCAUUUAUGAGUCUCUUUUACCCACGGUAUGCGGCAAGGAGGCUCCAAGAGUCCCAUACUGGCCUUGUUCUCCCUUCACUGGAGGCGGUAAAGACUCCGGAGAUCAGAGGAUCGGUGAUAUCCACCAGUGGAAUGUUUGGCACGGCACACAAGAGAAAUACCAAAGGUUUCCCGAAAUCGGUGGAAGGUUCGUCAGUGAAUUCGGCAUGUGCUCGUUUCCGGCGCUGGAGACGAUCCGAUCAUUCGUGAAAUGUGAUCGUGAGCUCCAUGCUCAAUCUUUGACGAUGGACUUUCACAACAAAGCAGAUGGUCAUGAACGUCGCAUAGGGACAUAUCUGCUUGAGAAUUUCCGAAACACGUCAGACUUUGAGACGUGGGUGUACUUGACCCAACUUAUGCAGGCAGAGACCGUCCUCUAUGCUUAUAAAGGCUGGCGCAGACAAUGGGGCGACUCUCGUCGGUGUGGCGGUGCAUUAGUCUGGCAAUUGAACGACUGUUGGCCUUGCUCAUCGUGGGCAAUAGUCGACUAUUACCACCGCAAGAAGAUUGCGUACUACACUAUCAAACGGGCCAUGCGACCAUUAGCAGUCGGGGUCAUGCGAGAGCACAAAGACUGGAGUCAGUCGCAUGCUCGGCCCACAAAGGAGCUGGAGUAUGCCGUCUGGAUCUCCAGCAACCAGAAGAUGUCCUUUGCAGCAGACCUCGAAAUAAGAUUCAUCUCCAUUGCCUCCGGUAAAGAUGUCAAACCCUCCAUCGUCAAAUCUGGCAUCACGGUGGUCGAAAACGGUACCACCGAAGUACUUAAAGGAAUGGUUGACGGUACAUGGGAUGAUCCUUACGCUGUCGUUGCCCGGUUGUUGGUCAACGGUGAGUGCAUCUCGAGGGAUGCCGACUGGCCUCAGCCAUACAAGUAUAUCCACUUCGAAGAGCGAGGUUUGUCACUUCAAUUGGCCAGUGAAGUGCUGACGGUAACGGUCAACAAACCUGUCAAGGGAUUCACUGUUGAGGAGCAGGAGGGCGUUGCUUUGAGCGAUAAUGGUAUUGACGUUUUCCCGGAUGACCAGCAAACAAUCACAUUGAAGGGCUACCGUGGGACCCUUGACCAAUUAAGAUACAAGAUCUUAAAAUGAGUGUUUGGUGGCCAGGCGUAUGCAGGAGACGAUAGGACACAGGAUAGGAAUGGAUGAAAGCACUCAAAUCGU